CCGCAUUCCAGUCGGUGCGCCGUAGCUGUCGUGUGCUCUGCGUGUGCGCUGGCCGUGUGCGUGUGUGAGUGUGUGACCGUGAAAGGAAGGAGAGCCGCGGCCGCGUUACUGCGGGAGCGGCGGCACAAGACCUGACCCGGAGUGAUCGCAAGACGACGAAGACGACGCUGCUCUUCGAGGAAAUGGCGUUUCCCGUCGUCGUCUCCGUUUCCAAAGAGGGCACGACGGCGAGCCGUCUUUCGUGAAGUCGCUGUGCCCUAACACCACCCCCGAAAGUGAGUAAUAGCGGAGCAGCGGCUAACGUUAGCCGCGCACCACGCAACUAUGACCAACACCCUGUCAAAGCUGAUCGAGAAGUUCUCCGAGUCUCAUGGCGUGCCUCGGGAGCGCAUCACUCGGGGCAUCGCGGCCGGCAUUUUCGCCGCGUACGUCAUUCGUGUGGGCUACCCGCUCCUCUCGAACGUCGCCGAGUCUCUUAAAAAGAAAGCCCGGGCCGCACAGGAUCGCAUCUCCACAACGAGCCCGGAGAAGACGACCUCCCGACUUGAAGUCGCGGGUUUGGACAGCGUGACGGACCUCGCUCUAGCCGCCGUCACGCCUGCCGACGCUGUCAAACCGGACAACAACAACGUCAGGGGAGCGGCGAGUACGCUAGCCGCUCUGCGCGCGUUCCCGGCCUUCAACAAGACGUUUCUCCUGCAGCUCUUCAAGCUCCUCCGCAUCAUGAUCCCCGGUGUGCGAACAAUCGAAGGUGCGCUCCUCUUGCUACACACGCUUUCGCUCGUUUCGCGCACCUUCCUCUCCAUCUACGUCGCUCGACUCGAGGGUCAGGUGGUCAAGUUCAUCGUGCGCAAGGACAUGACCCGCUUCGCGCUGCAGCUCUCCAAGUGGCUGCUAGUCGCGAUUCCCGCAACUUUCGUCAACAGCCUGAUCAGAUUCUUGGAGAGUCAGUUAGCGCUCGCGUUCCGCACAAGGCUGGUGCGAUACGCGUACGGACUGUACUUCAAGAACCAGACCUAUUACCGCGUCAGCAACCUGGACGGUCGACUUGAGAAUGCCGAUCACUGCCUCACCGAGGACAUCACGACGUUCAGCCAGUCCGUGGCCCACCUCUACUCUCACAUCACGAAGCCCCUGCUCGACGUCGUCGUCAUCACGUUCACGUUGUUUCACAUGGCGCACGAGAUGGGAGCGUACGGAGUGCCGGCGCCGGCCGUCGCCUUCUGCGCCGUCGGCGUGACGGCCCUGAUACUUCGAAAGAUGACGCCCCGCUUCGGCAAGAUGGUCGCCGAGGAGGCUCGUCGCAAGGGAUACCUGCGAUUCGUACACUCCAGGCUCAUCGCGAACGCCGAGGAGAUCGCCUUCUACGGCGGCCACAAGGUCGAGCUGGGCCUGCUGCAAAAGAGCUACCGGGCGCUGGCCCGCCAGAUGAACCUGAUCUUCAACCAGCGGCUGUGGUACAUCAUGCUGGAGCAGUUCCUCAUGAAGUACAUGUGGAGCGCCACCGGCAUGGUCAUGAUCUCCCUGCCCAUCAUGACGGGCAUCACGCCGCGGGUCGAGGACGACGACGAGGAGACGUUCCAGAACGAUGACGGCGUGAGCACGAGGACGCAGUUCAUCACAACGGCUAAGAACAUUCUGAUUGCCGGGGGAGAUGCCACGGAGAGGCUUAUGUCGUCCUACAAGGAGAUCACCGAGCUGGCCGGCUACACCGGGCGAGUGUCCAAGAUGCUCUCGGUCUUCGAGGACGUGAGCGAGUGCCGCUACAAGCGGACCCUGGCCAUCUCCAACGAUGGUUGCUCCAAGAAGACCUUUGGCCUCAAGGCCCUCACCUUCAAAGAUGGCAUGCCCGAGAUCAAGGGCACUGUGAUUGAGAGGAAUGGCAUCAUCGUCCUCGAGAACGUGCCCAUAGUCACACCCAACUGUGAUGUCGUCGUACCCAGUCUCACAUUCACAAUGACGCAAGACAUGCACCUUCUCAUUACGGGUCCCAACGGUUGCGGCAAGAGUUCUCUCUUCCGCAUCCUCAGCGGUCUGUGGCCUCUCUACAAUGGCCAGCUGCAGAGGCCACCAAACAAGCAGAUGUUCUACAUACCCCAGAGGCCGUACAUGGCGCUGGGUACGCUACGGGACCAGGUGAUCUACCCAGACACCCUGGAGGACAUGAGGAACCGCGGCUUCAACGACGGUGACCUUGAGGGCAUUCUCAAGAUUGUGCACCUGCAGCACAUCAUUAUCAGGGAAGGAGGAUGGGAUGCAGUUGGAGACUGGAAGGACAUCCUCUCGGGGGGCGAGAAGCAGCGAAUGGGCAUGGCUCGCCUUUUCUACCACAGGCCCCAGUUUGCGCUGCUCGACGAAUGCACGAGCGCAGUCUCGAUAGACGUCGAGAGUCAGAUCUACCAGGCUGCCAAGGACUACGGCAUCUCUCUGCUCACCAUCACCCACAGGCCAUCGCUAUGGAAGUUCCACUCGCACCUGCUCCAGUUUGACGGUGAGGGUGGCUGGAGGCUCGAGUUGCUGGACACGUCGACGCGCCUGUCGCUCCGCGAGGAGAAGGAGAACCUGGAGGCACAGUUGGCGGGCGUUCCGCAGAUGGAGACCCGCCUGCGGGAGCUCUGCUCCGUGCUCGGCGAGGAGUCGCUCAUCCUCGAAAACACGUCGGCCGCCAAGCGGCCGCCGUCGGAAUUCGCCACCGAGAACCUCUCGGACUAGCACGACGCCCAUGACGCAAGCGUCCGUCCUCUCAGGAAGCCUCCGAGAUCGUCAACUAAGAACGCCGGAAAGAGAUCCCCGGUGAACAACAACAACAAAAGAAACAGUUGAAUAGAGAACACUGACUUCCAAGGUAGUUGUGUUCACCACCACCACCAACAACAACAAAAGAAACGGUUGAAUAGAAAACACCGACUACCAAGGUAGUCUUCAAUUCAGCUUUAGCACAGGUGAAACACGUUUUGCUCACGACACUUCCCGUCACGUCCAAAUGCCUCGGAUAGAAGAUUUUCGUACCGAGAUUAGAUUUUGUACUGAACACACCAACCUAGGAUAUAGAGGUUGCUAGUAAAGAAGAAAGCCAGCCAGUUCCUCAUGAGACUCGCGUGCUGCGACGUUCAAGUGAAACGGAACAAGUCAACCGCGACAGCCUGCCGACUCGGACACGAUGGGACAGUCGCAAGAACUCACUUUGAGCCGUCGACAUAGUUGUGCUGAUUGAGGAAAGCCUACCGAAACCCGCGUGUGUCUGUGUGCGUCUGCUUCCGAAAAGGCGCCUACGACGUGGGCGUACAGAACUGCGCACACGAUUGCGAAGCGUCAGCAGCACGUCGCGAAUGGACGAAUUUCAUAUUUUAAUUCAGCAGUGUUGAUAUUGACAUGUGUGUGCCGUUUGCGUGGUUCCGGGUUGGUUUAGCCACCCUUGAAGGGUUCAGGUUGCAUCGAGGAGACAUGGCUUUGGUAUUGCUGACUGCAAAGCAGUGCGCACGUUGCUGAUGCACUAUUGGCUUUGCACUCGGGCCAGUUCCCUUCCGGUCAGACAGAGCGUGGAUAACUUAGGGCGUCAUACUUAUUGACUGACGAGGUCAACGUUGGUCUAGCUUAACUCCAUCCAGUUUGCCAUGCAAACUGGAAAGCUUUUACAAACCUUGGCAAAAAAAAAAUAAAAUGUGUUACGCCAAGCGUCGGUGUGACUUUGGAGACCCAGCUAGACCGCUGUGCUGUUUGUUUAGCACCUACCCAAGUUGUAGCGGGACUGUUGUGUGCGGGUCACAUCGUGUGCUGUUGGUGCUCCGUGCGUGGGUGCGUAUGCAAUGUUUUUGUCCGACUGAGAGAAUUAGGCCACAGUUUCGCUCAUCGGAACUUCUGUCGAACCAAAGCAAAACUGUGCAGGACGAGCUGCAUCGAGUCGUGAUUGUCGGGCGGGGGUCAAAGUGGGUGAUGCGCUUGUAACCUGUUUUUCUCGUGGUCAUGACUGCAUGUUUAGUAACGUGUUUUCCCAACAUGUGACACGGAGGGAACUUUAAACUUCACCGAUUACUGUUGUUGGCAGUAAUAAAAGUCCAGCAUUAUAGGUCGGUUCACUCAUUAACGUAUUUCAGUCCUGCUGCUAAAGAAACCUGCUCUAACUGCGAUGAGACGUCUUCUAACGGGGGACGUCACCGGAGCCACAUAUUGAUGAAAGGGCUUGUCUUUCUCAGGGGCAGCAAGUGCUUUUCUUGGCAACGUUCCCAUGUGGUCUUCGCUCUCUCAAAUCCCACACAAGAUUGUUUCCUCCUCCCCUCAAUUGAGGGUGGAGGAGAGUGACCUUGGCGUACAUAAAUUGCCGCUACAGUAGUUGCUGCUCAGAUGAAAGCUAGCGUGGUGGACCAGUUGGUAUUGCAUCUUAGAAACUUUAAAGCGCACACUGAUGGGGAAAAACGAAGAAGACACAAUACACAGCAUUGUGUCUGGUGUUUUCUUCAUUUGUACCCAUCUGUGUGCGCUGUACAGUUUCUAAGACAAAGGCAAGACCCUUCAUCAAAAUGGUGGCUCCAGUGACAUUCCUUCGACGACUGCUCAUCUAGAUGUUCAAGCCUUUUCCUAAACUUCUGUCUUGCCUGUUCUAAGUUUGGGCACUUUUGAGGUGGCUUCUCCGUCUUCAAAGAGGACCUUGAUGGCGUCCCCGAUUUGACCAUUUUCCGGUGUCGUUUUGGAUGAAACUUCAUCACACAUGAUAUUACUGAGUUGUUGCGACGGUGAUGAUGUGUGGAGUGUUUGGUUCAUCAUUUUUACUGAUGACGCGUUAUACUUAGUUUUGCUAAUAUAUUCCCAUGCUUUGCCGUAUUUACGGCAUUAAAGUCCUCUUUCGCGCUGAUAGCUUUUUUUUCUGCGUUAUAUCGCUAUUGUGAAACUUGUGUUUUGUAGCAGUUUUCCUCGCGUCUAGCAAAGGCUGAAAGUUGCUUGUACAAUGUGGGGCAGCAAUUUCUCGCGUUUUGUCUUCCUUAAAUAUUUAUUGCUGCACUCCUACUUACGGGAAGACUUUCAUUUUAUUAACUGUACAUUACCAGCAGUUCCCUUCGGUUCGGGGGUGCUCUGAUGAGAAUCUUGGCAAGAAAUUGGUGCAUCUGAUGCCAUUCAAAGUUGUGACCAGUGUUUUUUUCUUUCCUACCCAGUAAUGCCAAAGCAUCUAGCUCGACCGAAACCUGAAGACCGUCGUUGAAAGUGGUACAGCCCAAAAUAGCAUUCCUUGUCAGCAACUUUGUUUUUCUUUCAGCCCAAAUGCAGCUUGUUCACUCAGGAAAAGUACCAUCAGCAAAGAUUUGGUGGUGAAUAAACGGUUAACAGAGGAAA